CGUCAUGGCGCACAAGUUUGAAAUCCGGAAGAGAUCGCACGCUCACGCUGUGAUGGCGUGAAUAACAGCAACGCUUUAUUUACUAACUUCCCAGAUGUUAUGAGAUAGCAGCACUCAAAGGAGAAACAAUCAACCAGUGUGCUGAAACGAUGGAGCAGCAGGAGCAGGUGGAGUGGGACGAUGUGAACAAACACCUGCAGCAUCAUGGAUUCAAACCGGUGUACUUUGCAGAUCCGGUGGAGAACAAGAACCUCAACGAGCUGGUUUUGCUGGACAAGAAGUCAGCCGUUGCAAUCCGACACACUCUGAGGACGAUGCUCACAGACUCAGAGAGACGACAAACACUCAUCCAGGAGCUGAUCAAGACCAACAACCAGCUCAAGGAAGACACUCAGGAGCACAUGAGUCGAGCGGCUCAGCAGUCUCAGCGGGCCUCUGAGCUGGAGGGGCUGCUGGACGUGGUGAAGACCAAAGUCCAAGACCUAGAGGACCGCUGCAUUGGGAAGGCCGCCCAACAACAGAGCCACAGAAAGCAGCUGCAUGAGGAGAAGCUGGACGCGCAGAUGCAGUGUCAGCUCCUGGAGCAGAGGUUGAGUAAGCAGAAGGAGGAGACGGCUCAGCUGCAGAGGAAACUGUAUUUCACCAUCAAAGAAGAAGAGCGACGACUGGCUCGACAGAAUCAGACCUUCCAGCUCGUCGUGCACAAAAUCAGCCAGCAGGAGUCUCCGACGGAGCAGCAGGUUUUGGACGUGAUCGACUUCUAUGAGACUAAACUGAGUCAGCUGCAGGAAAAGCUCAGGUUGCUCGAAGGAGAACCGGAAGCUCCUGAUGUGAAAGUCAACACAGCACAGAGCCACGUGUCUAAAUCUUUCAAAACCAUCCUGAAGGUGUACCAGGAGCAGCAGAGAGCGAGCAAGACGCAGACCGUGGAGCUGAAAAAGGAGGUGGAGCGCCUGAAACAAGAGCUGGAGUCCAGACCCACGCUCAAAGAAGUGAAGUUCUACAAACACAAACUCAGACGUUUUGAGAUUCUGAACAAACAAAACAACAGCAGUCUUCGCAGGUUGUCUAAAGAUGAGCCUGAGAUCGGCGAGAGCGUCACUGACAGGUGUUCAAAAUACCACAAGCUGUUGGAUGACAUCAGCGCCGUUCUGACCAAUCCAAGAGCUCCGCUGCAGCUGCACAGACAGAAACUCUCCUCUGCAGGUUCGGAGACGGCUGAGUUUCAGACUCUGAUGCCCGCGCUGGAGGUCUGGGCUCGGCAGCUCCACCUCCUGCAGGAUCUUCAGCAGAGCUUAGAUAAACUGACUCUACGGCUGAUGCCCUGGCAGACGUCUGAUGGAGGUCAUCACGCUGCUGAGACGCUGAAGGUGGAGGACAUGAUGCUGCAGGUGGAAGUGAUGCUGGAGAACACUUCAACUGAGGACGAGAAGGUCCUCAGGAGUCCGACCCGGUUCACUCUGGGCUCCAUGGUGUCUCACUUCCAGAGACUGUUCGACGUGUCCUCCCUCAGCGGAGUCUACCCCCGCAUGAACGAGGUCUACACCCGGCUGGGAGAGAUGAACAACGCCAUGAGGAACCUGAGAGAGCUUCUGGAGCUAGACAGCAGAGCUCCUCCUGCUCAGGUGGUGAACCAGGUGUCCAGACUGGCAUCCUCCCUCGAACACACCGCAGGGCUCCACAGCCUGCUGGGAGACGACGACAUAGACAGCAUCAUCGAGAAAGUGAAGCAGCACGACGAGUUCUUCCCAGCUUUCCACACCCUUGUGGUCGACCUUUUGGACACUCUAGGUGUGAGUCAUCUGGAUGACAUCCUCCCUGCUCUGAAGUCUCUGAAACAAACAGCUGAAUGAAGUGUGUGUGUGUUUUAAUGAUUGUAAAAAUGUGUGUUUUUGUUUUUGAUAAAAACGGAGUGUGUAAAUCUGA